AUGCCAUUACCAUGUCUAGAACAGUUUCUAUAUCAUCUUGAAAGAAGUUAUUUGUACUUGUGUAUUGAUAACACCAAACUAUCGAAAAAGGAAUGUCUUGAAUCGAUCAAGAUCUUAAAUUCAAUAGCCAAAACGACUUCAUCACCUCAGAUCAAAGUUCUAUCACAAUACACGUUAAACCACUACGAAUCGUUGGAUAAACCAAUAACAGUAUCUGAUAAGCUUGAGUGGAUUUCCUCAAAAUUAACACCAGAAACGUUUUUUCCGCCAGUUAUCUGGUUUAAUGAGACUGUCACUUCCCACAGUGAAUUGUUUAUUGACACAGAAUCCAUAAUCCAAGAUAGUAAUAAUACAGCUUUUGAGAAACUACCGAAUAAGCUAGCGAAAUUUAAGUAUAUUGAAAUCCUGAAUUGGAACAAUGAGAUCACCCACUUGAAGAACUUGUAUCAAGACAUAUUGCCUAAUUGUUCAUUUGUCUCAUCAUUCUUAGCCAUAGUAGAUGCCAACAUUCCAAUAAUUGACACCAUCACACCACAAACGUCAUCCCAAAAAUAUAAAGUUUCAUUACGGUUCAAUGGUGUAUUGAGAAAUGUAACUGUUGACAGUAAUUUCCCGGUAAUGCCGAAUCUGCGCAAUUUAAUUAUAAAGUCAUACAGUGAUACGGAACUAUACUGGCCAGCACUAAUAGAGAAAGCAUACUUGACAGUAAUGGGGAAUGGUUACAACUUUGCAGGGUCGAAUAUGGCAAAUGAUGCCUAUGUUUUAUCUGGAUGGUUACCUCAGAUAAUAAAGUUGAGCAAUGGCCAAUUGCCGAGCAAUAUAGACUACUUGUGGCGUUUGAGGAAACAAAAUAAGGUUACCAUGGGUAUCGGGACCGGAACUUUGAGUAAACAAUUAAGCUCACAAUUGAAUUUGGUUAGUGGGCACGAUUAUGUUAUAGACAAUAUAAAGGAUGGUGUUAUUACAGUUAAGAAUCCUUGGCUCGACCCUACAGACAGAGUUGUUGAAAUCAAAGAUUUUAAUUAUUUCAAGUACCUCUAUGUCAACUGGAAACCAAACCAUAAGCCGUUCCAACAUAACUUUUUAUACCAAGCAAAACCAAAUACAUACAAUCAACCCCAAUUUACAAUAAAAUGUAUAGAAGAAACAUGGGUUUUACUUGAAAGACACUUACCCGAGACUCUGCAGCUGCAUUGGAUGGAUAUGAAUGUUUUUGAGACUCAAAACAAGGUCAUCACACCCCUGCAAUACAAAAAGCACUUAUCGGUGGAAACAAAUAAUCGUUUGCAAUUGAUUAAAUUGAAACCUGGAAUCUUCACUAUCGUGGUCUCUUCAAAUAAACCUUGCAGAUUUACAUUAAGUUCAUUUAACGCCAUUUUCAGCAAACUGAAGUACAAGCACGAGUAUACUGAAACUUUGAAUGACGAAUGGAGUUCAGAUACAAAUGGAGGGAACUGGGCCAUGUCCACGUACAUAAAUAACCCACAAUACGAUGUUAUCGUUAAACAAACAACUGAUCUAAUUAUAGGCAUGUACGGUCAAGGUCAAAUUAAUUUCCAUUUAUUCCACACUACUAGUGAUAGUUUAGGAGAACGAAUACAGAAUUUUGACAAGACAAAGUUGAUAAAUUAUCAAAAUUAUAACGCCUUCUAUCAGUCACUGUCAUAUAGCUUGACACCAGGUCAUUAUAAAUUAGUCGUUUCAGAAUACAAUAGGGGCUUAGGGGACUUUCAAUUGGUGCUCAAUUCCAGCGAACCAAUUACAAUCUCAAAAGUACCACCAUACUUGGGGUUGUAUAAUAUCACAAAGUUAUUCAAUUGGGAUAACACUAACAGGUUUAAAUUAAACUUUGAAACUACAGGUUAUAAUUCAGUAGUAAAAAUAAAGAUUGGGUAUUUCAACGGGGAGUCAGAUUUUGAAUUACAAACAAGUUAUCGACCUGCCAUGAGAGCUUCGUUAUUCAACUCUCAAACUAAACAGCCAAUCCAAAUCAAUGAACAGUUCAAUGAUUCCUUGUAUGGUGUAUUUUUACAUGAAGUUUUACCACAGCCUCAAGAAUACAUUUUACUAAUUGAAAGAUUUGAAAUUGGAUUCGGAAGAUGUAUAGUUGAGAUUGGCUGCAAUAAUAAAGUAAUAUUAAAAUAG